UGUAUUACUUGUCUUGUCUUCAGCUUGACAAAAAUCAUUCCUUAUUUUCUAGUCUUCGAGAAGAUUCCUGAAAGUGAGAAGAAAACAGUCUUUUGGAAAAUAUUUGACUUGAACCGGUCUUUGAGUUUGCUUUUUGCGCUCUUUAUAGACCACAAGUCAAGAUGUUUGGAAGAGUCGACCCCAAAAAAUCACAGUUUCUGGACUCCGCAAAAGCUGCCAGAGAAAAUAGAGCCCAGGAAAGGGAAAGGGAAUUAGCUGUUAUUAAAAUACAGGCUUACACAAGGAGUUUCUUAUGUAGAACGAAAAUAAAGAAUUCAGUUAGAUCUGAACUUGAUAAAUCAUUAAAAUUGCCUUUUGAAAAUGAACAAGAAGAAUAUAAGCCUAGUCUGUCCCCGGCCCUAGAACUUUUCAAAGUUAUCCGAAAAUUUAUGUUUAUCUUCGACCAAAAAGUUGACAAGCAGAGAUUUGAGUAUCUUUGUCGUUAUUUGCUACUUUCUGUGAAGUCUGAUGAUUUAAAACUUUCAUAUGUGGCUAUCGGAAUGACCAAACAUGCCUUGCUGUGGAUACAACAAUUAAAAGACAUUUUAUGGAGGUGCUGUUUGUAUUUAAAACAAUUACGACCCGAGAAUCAUUGUGAUUCAAACAGUAUUAAGUUACUCCUAGGUACAUUGAUAACAUUUACAAGCACAACCUCGUGGAAAAUUCUGAAAGGAAAAACGGGAGAAACCUUUAAUAGUGGCAUGACCAAACUGUGUAAUAAUGUUAUGGGUUAUCUUAAUACAAAGGGCCUGUACUCUGUGCUUGAAGUGCUACUAACAAAAGGCCUUGCAAGAUGUAAACCUGUUUUUAACAAAAAUACUUUAUCUGCUAUGAUGACGCUAGCUUUACGCCCAUUAAUUGCAGCAAACUUUUCUGAUAAUCUUUUAUCUGUCUUUUUGCUUCAUAUCUUAUCAGUGCCCGCGCUCAUCCACCAUAUUAGUGUCUUGUCACAAGAAACCCUUUCAAUCCUUAUAACCCACCGUAUAUUUAAAAGAUGUCUCGAUCUUAUGACAAAUGAACAGAGCACAAGAAUCAUUUUCAACUCUCUGGAAGGGAACUACGCUCUGUGUUUGAUGGCGAAUCUGAUUCAGUUAGGAUAUUUAGAGAUGGAGGGACUGGUGGAGAACACCCAAAAUUUCAUGUUUGUCAUGAUUCGAUUAUUGGAAAGUUGUAAAAAAUAUGUUUUGAGUAAACGAUCAAACUUGACUCACUGGCAUCCAGUCCUAGGAUGGUUCUCACAAUCCACCAAUCAGAGUUUACACGAAGCAAUGCAUUUCGUUGUAAAACAACUUCAGCUCUUGUGGAGUGACAAAAUGAUUAAACUUCUAUUUUUAGAACUGAUUGAAUAUGUUGCGACAACACAAGCAGCCAAUGAAAUAAAAUCGUCUCCGUCGAAAAAUAUUAUUAAGAAGGCAAUAGAAAAGGCAUCAUCGAAAAAUGAAACACCUAAAAUUAAGUUAAGUAGUUCUAUGUCCACAUCGACUUGCCUUCCCUGCACUUUAUAUCGAACCGCUCUACAGACGUUAUCUCAGCUCAAAAUGGACAUUAUCGGGGGAUUGAGUUACAAUGCGAUGUUGUUGCCGAAUUUAUGGAGGUUUUUGUGUGAUUUAGGACCGAUGUGCGGAAUGAAAAUAUUUCAGGACUUAUUAUCACAGACGCCAAAUUCUACAAUUCAUCAGGUGUUUAGUUUAUUGACUUUAUUCUGCGAAACAGCGAGUCACUUAUUAACAACAUUAGAUGACAUCGAGAUGUACGAACAACAGAGAUUCUUAAAGAUAUCUGACUAUGUUAAAAUGAGUGAAUUUUUAAAUAAUUUUGUGACGUGUGUAUUGUGGCACGGUCUCAUGGACUUGCAAACAGCAUCAACGAGCGAUGUUUAUAAUUCUUGUUGGGUUUUAUUGAUGAUUUUACACGAGCGUGAUGCCAGACGAGCGUUUACACCGAAAAAUCACUGGUUAAUUCGCGAUGUGAAACCGAGUUUAUUUAUGUCCGAAUUAGAAAGAGGAAGGAAGCCAGUUCAGUUCUUGAUGCAAAAAGUUCCUCAUAUAAUUCCUUUUAAUGACAGAGUGGUAUUAUUCCGUAAAUACAUAGCCAAAGAAAGAGAUGUGCUGGGAAUAACAGAAUCUGUUUGUGCAUCCCCUCAGUCGACACUGAUAACAGUCCAUCGCAGUCGCAUUGUCGAAGAUGGAUAUCGACAAUUAGCACAACUUCCUCCUAAAGCCAUGAAGGGAAUAAUCCGUGUAAAGUUUAUCAAUGAGCAAGGUCUAGAUGAAGCAGGUAUCGAUCAAGAUGGUGUCUUUAAAGAAUUCCUGGAAGAAACAAUAACCAGAGUGUUCGAUCCGUCGUUAAAUCUGUUUAAAAUAACGAGUGAACAGAAAUUGUAUCCGUCGUCAACUUCGUAUAUUCAGGAUAACCAUCUAGCGCUGUUUGAAUUUGUGGGCAGUAUGUUAGGAAAGGCAGUGUAUGAAGGCAUAAUUGUGGAUAUACCAUUCGCUUCGUUCUUUCUCACACAGAUGUUAGGUCAUCAACAGAGCUCUACCUACAGUUCUUUAGAUGAGUUACCCUCCCUUGAUCCAGAAUUGGCUAAGAGUUUAAAUUAUAUUAAACAUUAUGACAGCGAUAUUUCUGACUUAGAACUCACCUUCUCCUGUGAUGAGGAUUGUAUGGGUAAAAUAGAAACGCACGAACUGGUCCCUGGAGGAAGAGCGAUUUCGGUCACAAAUGAAAAUAAAAUACGCUACGUCCAUUUGAUGGCGCAUUUCAGGAUGUACCGACAGAUUAAAGAGCAGACGUCUGCUUUUAUACGAGGAUUCAAAGCUGUGGUGAAUAAAGACUGGCUUCACAUGUUCUCCGCACCGGAGUUCCAAAAAUUAAUGUCCGGGGAUAACACUGACAUGGAUAUCGAAGAUCUCCGUCGCCAUACACAAUAUUACGGUGGAUAUCAUAAUAAUCAUCGUGUUAUCAAUUGGUUGUGGGAUAUCAUCGACAAAGAUUUCAAGGACAAUGAAAGAAGUCUGUUUUUAAAAUUCGUCACAAGUUGUUCUAAGCCCCCAUUGCUUGGUUUUGCUAAUUUGGAGCCGCCGUUUUCCAUUCGAUGUGUUGAGGUUAGUGAUGAUCAAGAUACUGGGGAUACUGUGGGAAGCGUUCUAAAGGGCUUUUUCAAUAUCAAGAAAAGGGAUGCUGGAGGUCGUUUACCCACUUCGUCCACAUGUUUCAAUUUACUCAAAUUACCUAAUUACGGGAAAAAAAGUAUAUUGAAGGAAAAACUCAGAUAUGCCAUCCAUUCACAUUCUGGUUUUGAAAUUUCUUAACCAAGCCAAUUUAUUGAAUUUAUAUAUUGCGAUAAAUAUAAUAUAUUGUUGUUACAUGUGCAUGAUCAUGUUAUAUUGAGCAAUUUUUUAAAUACCGGUACCACAGUAUAUAUUCAGAUCUCACACAAGGUUUUAAAUUUAUGGAAAAAAAGUAUAUUGAAGGAAAAACUCAGAUAUGCCAUCCAUUCACAUUCUGGUUUUGAAAUUUCUUAACCAAGCCAAUUUAUUGAAUUUAUAUAUUGCGAUAAAUAUAAUAUAUUGUUGUUACAUGUGCAUGAUCAUGUUAUAUUGAGCAAUUUUUUAAAUACCGGUACCACAGUAUAUAUUCAGAUCUCACACAAGGUUUUAAAUUUAUAAUAAUUAUUUAGCAAUACAGUGUAUCCACAUACUUGUAGGUUUGCUUUUAUCUAUAUAUAUAUUUGUGACUGUCGUUUGUCUGUCUGUCUGUCUGUUCGGGGUUGGCGGCUACACUAGCUCUGCCCCGAGUCUGAAAUUCGGGGUAUAGGGGUAGCUCGGACCGGGGAGUAACAUAGGCCAGGUGGCGUUAGUCUCCCACUUCCGGUUUCGGAGUUAUGACCCCCGAGCGAAGUCUGUCUGUUCGGGGUUGGCGGCUACAUCUGCCCCGAGUCUGAAAUUUGGGGUAUAGGGGUAGCUCGGACCGGGGAGUAACAUAGGCCAGGUGGUGUUAGUCUACCACUUCCGGUUUCGGAGUUAUGACCCCCGAGCGAAGUCUGUCUGUUCAGGGUUGGCGGCUACACUAGGUCUGCCUCGAGUCUGAAAUUUGGGGUAUAGGGGUAGCUCAGACCGGGGAGUAACAUAGGCCACGCCCAGGUGGCGUUAGUCUACCACUUCCGGUUUCGGAGUUAUGACCCCCGAGCGAAGCCGGUCUGUUCGGGGUUGGCGGCUACACUAGGUCUGCCCCGAGUCUGAAAUUUUGGGUAAAGGGGUAGCUCGGACCGGGGAGUAACAUAGGCAAGGUGGCGUUAGUCUACCACUUCUGGUUUCGGAGUUAUGACCCCCGAGCGAAGCCGGGUAUCCUGCUAGUAAUCAUAUAUUUUUAUUUCUGCUUUUUAUUGUUGUAGAUAAUUUUAUGCUUUUAUACAUACAUGUAGGCAUACAUUUUUAAUUUUGAAAGUUGUGAAUACAAAAUAAAACUUGCCUUAAGAUAUGUCAACACCAAUUUCUGCAGCAAUUCUGAAUGCAGCAAUAAAUGUAGCUGCCAUAAAAGUGGUGAACAAAAAGUCAAAUUCAGUUGCCAACACCUGUUCAUGCCUUUAAACUUGUAAACACCACUUUCUGCAGCUGUAUUAUAUAGGUGUCACGGUGUCAUGAUAUUUUCAGUGCAUUUUAUUUUUAUUAAUAAACAGUGCUCAAUGAAUAUAACAUUUUCAAGGCUCUUGUUUCAGAACAUUGCCAGUCAAUAUUCUACAGUAGAAUCUGUAUGAGCAGCCACUCCUAUUCAGCGACAUCUCCUUGUAAGCGGUCACGAUAAAUUCCCCCCGUAGAAAUUCUGUUGUUUCAUCUCUUUAUUCAACGGUCACUCCUCUAACGCGGCCAGCGGUCACUAUUUUACUAAUAAAUUCAACAAAACAUAGCCCAUUCAACGGCCAUUGUUGAAUGAUAUCAUCUUGUCGUUCUUUGUAACACCCCCGCUAAUCCCGUGAGUAGUAGUUAAUUAACUGGACCCUCCACUGAUCAGGUAAAAAGAAAUGUAAAAAUAACAAUCAACCCGGGAUUAUCUGUUAAUUAAUCUUUUGUUUUAUUAAACGACUAACCUGAUCAUUGUUUUCACGCGUAACGACACAUUAUUUGAUACUGAUUGAAUAAAAUAAAAGUACCGAGUUUUGUCAC